AUGACCAAGAGAACCAAGAAGGUCGGCAUCACCGGAAAGUACGGUACCCGCUAUGGUGCUUCCCUCAGAAAGCAGGUCAAGAAGAUGGAAGUGACCCAGCACGCCCGCUACACCUGCACUUUCUGCGGCAAGGUCACUGUCAAGAGACACUCCGUCGGCAUCUGGGACUGCAAGUCUUGCAAGAAGACUGUUGCUGGUGGCGCUUACACCGUCUCCACCCCUGCCGCCGCCGCUACCCGCUCGACCAUCCGUCGUCUGCGCGAGAUUGCUGAGGUUUAA